AUGACUCAAGAGCAACACAUACAAGUUUGUGUAUCAAAACAAACGGAGCAAACGAAGCAAGACUACCGUGUUCGAUUGACUUCAUCAGUUAAAUGCAUUCGGUUUCUUUUAUGGCAAGGACUUGUUUUUCAUGGACAUGAUGGAAGCUUUGACUCACUUAAUCGAGGAAACUUCCUUGAGGCUUUAAAGUUCCUUGCAGAUAAUAAUGAAGAUGUUGCCAAAGUAGUGAUACGAAAUGCACUUGAAAAUCACCAAAUGACUGCUCCUUGCAUUCAAAAAGAUAUAGCUAAUGCAAUUACAAGUGAGAUAACUCAAAUAAUAACCAAUGAUCUUGGUGAAGAUUUAUUUGGAAUAAUAGUUGAUGAGUCGAUAGAUAUAUUAGUUAAAGAGCAGAUGAUUGUAUUUAUUCAGUAUAUGGAUUCAAGUGGGCAAAUUAUUGAGCGCCUUCUUGGAAUCACUCAUGUACGUGAUACUACUUAUAUGUCUCUUAAAGUAGCCAUUGAAGAUCUUCUAACAAAGCAUGGAUUAAGCAUUUCAAGAAUACAAGGCCAAAGCUAUGAUGGAGCAAGUAAUAUGUGA